UCUGACCCUGGCGGUUUGUAUUUGAAUUAUUUUAAACGCAGGGAGGAGAAAGCCAGCUUGAAUCUCAUUGUUAAAAUAAGAAACACACUUUUCAAGUAUAUAGAUUUAAGCUGGGACACAGCGCGGUAUGGCGGAGGAGUCUCCAGAAUGGGAACUGUGCAAAGAGAAUAUCCAGCCCCUGAAACAGGGUCGGUCCAUGUCCGCUCUUCUUCAAGCCCUGGCCAGCCAGGAAGGGGGCCACAGCGCUGCCAUCGAGCAGGAGAAACAGGCUUUUGAGUCCGAAAUCAGAUUUUACGAAGGGGAUGAUCCGCUUGAUGUGUGGGAAAGAUACAUAAAAUGGACACAGCAGAUGUACCCCCAAGGAGGAAAAGCAAGUAACUUUUCCACCUUGCUGGAGAGGGCCGUCAUGCGGUUCAAAGACGAGAAGAAAUACUUCAAUGAUGUCCGUUAUGUUAACCUCUGGAUUAAAUUUGCUGGAAUUUGCGAUGAGCCUCUUGAUCUGUAUAGCUACAUGCAUGCCCAGGGCAUUGGGAUAAUGACAGCUGUGUUCUACAUAUCUUGGUCUGAGGAGUAUGAGAAGCAUGGCAAUUUAAAAAGAGCAGAAGCUGUCUACCAGGAUGGUCUGAGAUGCCGGGCCGAACCUUUCGAUAAGUUGCAGUACCAUCACAAGAACUUCAAUUCACGUGUGAUUCAUAAGGUUGUAGCAGACAUGGCCAAUGGGGAAGAGGAAGCAGAAAGCCCUGAGCCCUCACAGCCUCAGAGGGCUUCACUGGCAGAUCUCAAGCCCAGAGGGCACAAAAAGGCGAUUGUACCUGUGGAGCGGAUAGGGGCUGCUGCCAGUUAUCGUGGUGGGGGACUGAAUUUGCAGGCACCUACCUUAAAAUCUGUCCAACAGAACCACCGAUUAACAGUGUUUGAUGAAAAUCAGGCGGGAAUUGUUGAAUCCUCCAAUUUCAAGCCGGAACCCUGGCUCGCCCCACCAGAAGCCAGAGCCAAAGAGAAUGACCCCAAGCCAGAAAAAUGGAAUGGUGUCAAGAAAAAGUCUGUGUCCAGUUACAGUACCGAGGUUCCGCCUUGCAAGCCAAACUUCCAGCCAUUUGUGGAGGAGUCUGAUCAGCUGCCAGCUGUAACACCCUGCAAGAUUGACCCAUCGGUGAACAAUGUGCUCUCGGCCAGAAAGCCGGCAAAAGAGGAGACCCCACUACAGAGACUACAGGUCCAGCAGCCCGGUGAUGGGGAGAAGAAGGAGCAGAGUACAUACUGCAAAGAGUUGCUCUAUAGUGGAGCCACUGAAUUCUGCUUUGAGGAGCUACGUGCUGAACGCUACAGGAUAAAGAAAGCCAAAGAAAUGGAAGAGGAAGUUGCUAAGCUGGCUAGAAGAAAAGAGGAACUGAGAAGAGAAAUCGAGGAAAAGGAAAGACUGCUUCAGGAAGCGAGUGUGAACAGUCUGUCUUGUUUUCCUAAGCAGGUCCCACCAGAUCACCUUCAAGUUCCAGAAAUUAAGUUUGAUUCGGUGUCUCUGGACCAGUCAAGAGCACCUGUGGACUCUCUUGAGGGAUCAAACACAAAGUUCACAAUUUACGAUGAAUCGGCACUAGGUGCCUAUCCUCCACCAAAAGACCAGUGCAUCCCAAGCCCUGUUGACCUUCUAGAUGAUGUUUUCACGAGUCCGUCAGUGAAAGAUGAUCUUCAGUUUGAGGCAAUGUUUCUGAAGUCUUGUAAUGAUGGAUCAAGGCUGGAAAAUGUACCUGUCAACAAACCCCUCUCAGAGUUUCUUCCUUUCACUAUUCUCGAAGAGAAACCAAUCAGUGAAAGUCUUCAGAAACCAGCUCCUGUGAAUGCUUCGAAACCUACUGUUCGCAAGCCGUUGGCUGCAAUACUGAAGCCACUGGGGAAUCCUCCACCAAAAGAAGCUGCGGAUGAUUGUGAUGAAUUGGAAGGAAUUGAGCCUUUGAAUGAAGAAGCUAUAGUUGACAGCUACAGGAAUAAAACCCUCUGCCCUGUGCCUGAUGACACCUGUGACUUUUUGCGAGCAGCACAUCUGGCGUCCACUCCUUUCAGUGGAGGUCUGGGCCAGAGGACCAGCUCAGGCUCCGAGAACACUCUGAGCAAAGAUCUGUCCAAUGUUAACAGUGAAACCCCAAAAUCUGUAAUAACGGCUGUGAAAGAUCCUGCUUUUGAGGAACCCUUGAUGGUAAAUAAGCUUAGUCCUAUCCCGGAAGCCAGUCUGGAAGACACCCGCUCUACAGCUUCCUCGGCAUCCUCCACUUCCUCCUCUAUUGGAGGUCAGUCCGGCAUGAAAGACAUGAGCCUUCCACGCAAAUGGGAACUGAGUCAGUCUCUGUGUGUGAACACAGUUACUGAGCAAGAAGAUCGCCCGCAAACUGCAGGAACUGUGAUGGAGAACCCUGUGGGCUUGCAUGUCAGAAAACAGCUGUUGGAGAAAUUUACUAUGGGGAGUAUUCCAAAUCUUCACAUGGAGCUGGGGUCUUUGCCUCAACUAGAGGAGUAUUGUGUAUUGCCUCUAGGUGAUGACACUUAUGAAAUCAAACGGGAGAUGGUUUGCCAUGAAAACUAUAAAAUGUUUUCUGGAAGCAGCUGUUUGGAUAAUGAUGAUGAUAAAGUCAUUAUAGUCAAGGUUGACUUCCACCCUGUGCCCUGGGAUUUCUACAUUAACAUGCAGUUGAAGAAACGCCUAGGUGCAGAUUUCCCAAGAUAUUUCAAUGACCUGUGCAGCUGCUAUAUGUAUGAGGAAGGCUGUGUGACAUUGAAUGAGGGAGUGUACUCAAGAACUCUGCUGGAUGUUUUGGAAACAGCUACUCUUUGCACAAAUGUGGCUGCUUUUCUAACGGUGAAUUUGCUGGAGUUAAUUGAACAAAUGCACAGUUGCCAUUUGGUGCAUGGAAAUGUCAGACCUGAUACCUUACUCCUGGAAAGCAGUUUUCUGGCGGAAGGCGGCACUCCCCUGAAGGUGGUAGAUUUUACGCACAGCUUGGAUUUGGAUUUGCAGCCUGAAGUGACAUCGGUCCGUGGGCUUCAAAACGCUCAACCCUUCCUGAAGCAAGGCCUGUUAUCAGAAACCUCUUCUCCUUAUCAGCUAGACCUUUUAGGAAUUGCAGAUACCGUACAUAUGAUGCUGGAAGGAAAAAACAUGCAGGUCAUCAAAGAAAACUCUGAAUGGAAACUUGUCAAAGAGUCGGACGUCUCUUCUGGGAAGGAGAAUGUAAAUGUAAAUAGAGGCAUUUGGCAGGAUUUCUUCAGGAAGAUCCUUAAUCCUGGGAGCAAACCCACAGUCUCCAUUCUUUCUGAGCUGCGUCAGGAGAUGUGCAAGGAGAACUUCCUUAAAGACAUUGAAAAGGAACUGGCUUUUUUAAUCUAAUAUAUUUUUGCCACUGUUAUCACAGUGACCCUUUACAGCUUUUUUAUUUCUUUGUAAUUUUUGCUUUUCAUGUUAACAAUAAAGCUUUUCUACUAUUGUAAAUUCA